GCCAGCGGUCUUCUUUGGCUCUCUGAGUUAAUCGAGGAGCAUUCGCGUGUUGCAAAAGUCGUGGGUGAGCGGACUAUCUACUUCAUCAUAAUUCUCCACUGUCUACUGUAUAUCACCGACUCUCUGCCUUUGAAGCACACGGCAUUUUCAAUUGCGUGCCAAAUCGUGUAUCUGCAGAACUUCACUCCGAGCUGGCCAUCGAUCUCCCUGUCGUCGUUCAGCUUCAUCUUAUCCUGCGUUAUGGUCAUUUGUAACCACUUUAUGUGGUUCUUCUACUUCUCGCGCAUAUCGGAGGAGGCAAGGCAUGCAGCUCGUCGUCCAUACGGACAAUCCCGAUCCACCUCGCGGGUGCCGAAUUUCGGCGAUAUUGCGACCUUCUUUGGGCUAUGUGUCUGGUUGAUUCCGGUCUUCCUGUUCCUCAGCUUGAGCGCAAAUGACAAUGCUCUCCCUAUCAAUUCAGGU